UGGAGAUGAGCUGCUAUAGAGAAGAAGUCAUAGCCCGUGUGGGAAUAUCAAUGAAGCCUUCCUGAGAUCAUCACUGAAUGUUUCCUCUCUGUCGCCAUGGAACUGAAGCUAGAGGUUGUUUUGUCCUCCAGCAUCAAACGAAAGAAGCCAUGGCCGCGCUUCUGCUGGCUUGGACAGGAGAAGGAGUCCGUCUUUCUGUUGGAUGACAAGAGGCUCAGCGAGAUCAACAUGGUCUCUGGUCGCACCAAGAAGAAGACCCCGAAACUUCACCCAAUGCUGAACAAUGUGGUGACGAUGGCUCCGUCUCGUAAUGGUUUGUGGUUCUGUGGACUUUUGGGCACGGGAGAGCUCUUUUUAUGGAACAGGGAUAAGGACUUGGUGAAGACGACUGCAGCUGUGCCUGAAGUUGUUCAGUUGAUUACUGAUAUCCGAGGAAAUGCUCGGCUGACCGUCCAGGUGUCGGGCGACGGGAUGCGCGUCCUGGUGGUCUCCACAUCGGCGCAACUGUUCUUGUGGGAGUGCACGGACAUCAAAGACCUGGCGGCGAUAUCCGUCAACACCAUUAAGGGGCGCUGGGCUGAAAUGCAGCCGCUUCACGAUUCCCUUCUGCCCUCCAUAAAAGACAAAGAAACAUCCCAGUGUACCAUCUUUUUGAAGACCGAGUCUAUGGGUGAUAUCUGCCUAUCAGCGUUUGUAUUCACAUGUGGGAAGAAGCUAAUUAUUACCUGCCUCAAAGUCCAGUGGAUGGACGACUACAUGAACUUGAGCUCCAUGGGAUACAGCAUACAAUGGGCCACCAAGACGUACCCCAUGUCGCGUCUUACCCCCACCUGCCAACCGGUGAAGUCCAGAGGGGCGCUGGUGGCCGACUUCGCUCCUGAUGGAAAACUACUUGCCAUCGUUUUGAACCAGCGGCAGCCCAAGGCGACACAGGUUGUAUUCGUGAGCACACAGAAUUUUAUCUCUGUAUCAAGCGGCCUUGGUGGAUGUGGUUGUAAAUCUGAAGCCAUUCCUUCUAAAUACGUAAGGUCGUACUGGGUGAGCGGUCUAAGCUGGUCACAUGAUGGCCUUUUCCUCUCCUGUGUUCUGAAGAGAGGCGCCCUUCUCAUCCUGCCUCGUCUCGGCGGGCUCCUCUCGCUAACAAGCACUGGUUGCAAAGUUGACUUUGGACCCGCGCACUUCCUCCCCCUGCACCCGCUGGUCACUUACCGGCCGCCGGCCGGAAUAGCAGAGGCCUCUCUUUCUAGCUCCAGCGUUUCAGCGCGAGACGCAAUGAGACAGCGGUAUUCUGUGACCUGGCAUCCUCGCCUCUUGUACUGCAUUGUGUCUGAUGGCUACAUGGCCACGGUGCUGAAGGUUCUGAACAGGCCUUCUGCUGCAACGCUGGUGAAAGCUGUGUUAGAUAACACCAGCAAGGACCUUCAAAAGGCCAGCCAGCAUCUGGAUACAUCACAGAGUUACGUGAAGAUGUGUUUGGAGUCUGUAUCGUUCCCCAAUCUGGACCGUGGCUUUGAAGACACCAAAUCAAUCGCCACAAGUGUGCCUCCUGCCACAGACUCUAUUUCUCCAGCCACACAGGAUUCCCCUUUGCCUCUUUUUCUCCAGGACCAGGGGAUCCUCAGUAGCACGAAAGAGCUCAUAGAUAAAGUGCAGACCUUCUUUGAGGAUGAUUCUGACAUAGACGGACCUCCUGCUGGCUCUCAGCCGGCGGAUGGCGGGCGUCUGGAGUUUGCCUCUAUGUUUGAUACAGUUCACGCGCCGGACUCGGAGGCCGACUCUAAACAUACGGCUAGCUCCGAUGCAGAGGAAGACUUUCAGGAGAGCGUCCACCAUCUUCACCGUGAACUUUCGAAGAUCCAGAACGGACUCUUGACAGCGUGGGCUCUCUGCAUGUCUCUGGGAACUGCGUUGGAAAAUCGCGCUCACCUGCUGAAGUACGCCAUCUACCGGCUGGCGCAACUUGCCGCUUUUCUCCACUUGAUCCCGAGCAGUGAUGUCCGCUCGGGGAAAGGUUCUUCUUGGCUCCUGCAGCUUCUUAAAACUAUUUUAUCGUUUCUUCCGUGGGAUCACUCAGGUGGGCCUCAAGCCCUGGGGCUGGUGGUGGAGCUCAGUAGGCAGCUGGUGCACCUGCUGCUGGGCCCUCAAAGCGAGUUCUGCCCAGCAAGUCGGUUAGACAGUCUAUGCAGAGCUGUGCUGAUUCUCAAUCUAGUCUCCGAUUCCCUCGACCAUGCCUACAGCCUGCACCAAAGAACUGUGUGGUCUUCAGCAGAGAAGGACCCUCAGAUUGCAUCUUCAGAUGUAUACCACGUGCCUUUACUACAAGAAGGCAAGGAAAACGAAAGUGGAGUUGCACAUCAGGGUCUGCCUGUACCCCACAGACCAUCCAGCAGACUUGCUGGAGUAUGGAGGUGGGUCUACAAGGUCAGCCGGCAAUACCAAGAGGAGGUCCGUGGCUUCAAAGACGGCAGUGGUUGGGAGGCGGAAGACGAGCAGCUGUCCGUAAUCAUAUCUGAGAUCCAAAGAGCUCUGCAAGCUACAGGAGAACGACUUGAGGAGGGCCCCACACUGCUGAAUUACACUGGUGAACAGCUAUUCCUGUGUGGCUUGUACCAAAACGGUGUUGAGACGCUGCAAACACAAAUUUGGGAAGAGAGUAAAAAAAGUUCUCGUAGUGUCUUCCAGGAGACAAGGCUGUGUUUGGCUCUCCUCUACAGCCUGUUGGCCCAGUAUCAUCUCCGAGAAGCCGUAGAGUUGGGAGAACACAUGGCCCACUUGGUUCUGCACAGAGCAGGACAUUACAGUGACGACGCUGCCUGCACAGAAUCAGCUGACCCGCUUCUGCCGACAAACCUGCAUAUUGACGCCGUCUACGCCGUCAUUCAUGCUCUAGCGAGAUUCAUGGCCUCUUAUUUUACCAAUCGGCCGCUUAACAUCCUGCCUGCGCACAAUGUGGCCGUCCUGCCACCGCUACAUCUACCUCACGCCUCAAAUGUGGGACGCUUGGUGCCGCUCAGCCAGGAGGAGGUGGCUCGAGCAGUCCGCCAGCAGCACAUGUCAGAGAAGUGGACAGUGGACUACGCCAUGGACCUGCUCCUUCUUGGGGGUCUGCUCCCAGAGACCGCCUGGCUGGCGUUCAAUCUCGGCGACUGGAAGACAGCAGCCUCUGUCAGCCUUGCCUACAAAAACCUCUGCCUUGACCAAUUGAACUUCACUCGGAUUAACAGAAAGGAGCUUCACCUCCCGAAAGCUUUACUCCCUGAGAGUAUUUUCCAAGCCGAGUUGCAGCAUCUACUUGACAAUAACACUCAAGAGCUCAGGGAUAUCACAGAUAAGAAGUUUAUAGACCCUCUGGAAGGAGAAGACUUGGCAUUGUUACAGGUGUCCAUCCAGGAGAUCCUAAAGGCAUCCGUCAUGGCUGGUGUGAAUGUGUUGUCUUCACCCUUGACCUUCUUAUUGGACUCAGCCAAGGACCUGUGCUCAGGCCUGCCCGCAUUGGUGCACGGUGGACUGUAUUUGCCUUCCCCACCUCUUUAUUGUCCUCAACCUUCCCCAAACACACAGGAUCCAGUAGGACCAACGGGGCAACUUACAGAGAUUGCAACACGUCACAAAGUGUCCGGAGUUCUCCAAAGGAUGCUAUUACUCCUCAGGUCCUCUCAUUGUUGUCACCCUGCUGCUCAGUGGUACAUUCGUCAUCUACGCCGUGCCAGGCAUCUACUCUUCAAGAUAAAGACGAGGUACGGUUACCCAUCGGCUGUCGAAGAGGAAAAAGCUCUCCCAGAAGGUUUGAGGAAGUUUGUCAGCCAUGGUGGAUUCUUCAAACAGAUGGAGAACAAAAACCUGGACUCGGAUGCUAUUCACACUAUUAUUUGUUUCAGGGAGCUGUGUGGUUUAUGCUGGAUGCUUCAUGUCAGGGAUCAGCUUUCUAUUGCCUGCAGGAAGUAUCAGGCGGCCAGAAUGCAACGGGUUGAUACUGAGGUCUUAUCAGCCUGCAUGGACACUCUUCUAUGGGCCCAUCGUUACUUGCCCUUCUCUCACUUCCUGAAUGCUGAGGAAAUCCUCCAGGACCUUCUGCUCAGCCUGGUGUCCGAACUGCCACCUCUUGCUCUGGUGGCAGACACGCUGGUACUUGCCUUCCCAGAGAAGGAGGAGUCUGUCAGAGUCUCCCUGAGGGAAAAGUAUAACUCACUGCUGCAGAGCCUGAAGCAAUGCAGUGUGUCUGAGGGGGACGAAGAGCAGGCCACAAUGACGGUUCUGAUCCAAAACAAAUCCAAGCAGAGGAGAAAGCACCUCGGCCGCAUGCUUAGGCACCUGGCUCCCCUUGAGCUCCGACUGUGGGCAAAAGAAGAGGAAGAGGAAGACAGGGGACGCAAACCCGGGGUAUCUGUGCCGAGGCAGCCAUCACCUGUCAUGAGUGUGAACCCCAGCACUUUAACCGAUACCGCAGAGAUCGAGGGCGUCUCUCCAAACCCACAUAGCCGAUCUAAAGCAAGGGCGGCGAAAGAAAAGAAAAAGAAGACUGCUGUUGCAGCGAAGCAAAAUGUCAGUCAACAUGAUGCAGCGCUAACCUCCCUUCCUGUCGUUGGUACUUGGGAGUUUGAACUCGAGGACGACGAGUAUCUAAACUUUCUGGAGCUCUUCCUCAGCUACAUGCUGGAGAAGGACAGCGUAGACGGCGGCGAGCCUCCCUUGCUGAAAUCCUUUUGCACCACGAUGAGGGAGCGAGAGCUGCAUUCGCUUACCUUCGACGUGCUCACAACGAUGCACCGGCGCCAUAGAGACAGCGGACAGCACCCGGCGCAGAAACUCCGCAACAACGACCUUCCCGUUUUCAGAGCUGGCUGCUGCCAGAGGACAGCGAAACGCGACACGACAUCUGAGCAGCAAACUUCCACCAGCCUCUCUGCCCUCGCUCUGUCUGAGAGGCAAACAGGAUUGUUUAGCCGCCUGCACAGCAAUGUUAAAGAGUUAAAGAGAGUCUCCGCUUCCGACUUGAGCCAAAGUGCCCUGCAGGCAACAGAAUGUUCAGUGUCUCCUGAAGCCGUUGUAGAACUGCAACAGGUCCUGGACUCUAAAUUGGAGGCUGAAUUCCCAGAACUCGGCAGGCUGCUGGAGUGGAUGUUACGCUGGGCUGACAGGAGGGCGCUCCAGGGCCAUCCGGGCAAAAAGAAAAAGAAGGCAGAUGGAACGUUCGAUGAAGGAAUAGUCAUUCGCGUUAAAACCUCCGCACCGGCCGUCCUUACUUCCCUCGGCCUGCUGGAGCACAGGUUCUCUCCUCUGCUUGAGUCGGACUCCGUAGUUCACGUCCAAGUCCCGGAAACAAAAGGAACUGGUUCUCCGGUGGUGCAACCUGAGAUGGACAUGAGCCUGGAACGAGAGGCCAUCGUUGAUACUGGCUUUCCUGAAACGGCUAAUACUCCUAUUGAUGCUUCUGUUCAGAAUCGACAGCAUGAAGAACCUUCCAUUAGUUCACAUGCUUACGAACCAGAAGAGAUGACACCUCUCCCUGACGACCCAGAUGAACUUAGCUUUAGUGCUCAGAGGCCUGUCCCAAUACCACAGGUACCAUGUUUUGAUGAUUUGGAUGUUACACCUGAAAAAGAAGGCAAAAGUAGCGACUAUGACCGCACGGAGGUGUCAUCUUCUCUCUCAAAUGGGACAUCUGACAAUCUGUGCUCACCUCAAACAAGUUUAAAGAUAACGGAUCUGUUAGAGACACCCAACCCCACUUCUGCUUGUCGCCAAGCAGGAAGCCGUCUGUUGCCCCAGACAACAAGUGAUCCAAACCCCCACAUCCCUCGCAGUGUUCAGCCUGAAGUAGAGCUCCCUUAUUCAAGUGAAAGGCUGUUUGCCAACACACCAGGAGACUAUCCAUCAAGUUCUCAGCCUCAUACCUCACACCUCAUCCCUGAGACACCCACAGUAGAUCCUACUGGCCCAAACCAUCCAUCCUUCAUUCAGGAACCACCAAUGAGACAGCGUCUUGGGGAAGAUUUAUUCAGACUAGUCCAGCACAUCAACUACAUGAACAUGAUGGACGUUUUGGGGGUUUCAUUUUCCAACCUGCAGCUAGCCCAGCAGAAUUCUUCAUCAUUACCUCAGUUCGGCAUGAACCCCUUGCAUCCUAGUGUGCAUUCACCUCAUGUUGCUAAUGUCACACCUCAACAAAACCUUGUCACCCCUCAAUCACAAAUAUAUGUGCCAAAUCCGGACGCUAACAACCCAGCCUCCAUGUAUGCACAGCAGCUUCCCAUUCAGAGCACUCAUAUGGAACCCUCUCCAUCAGCUGAUCAGUAUCACAACACCAGGAAUCUACCCUACAAAACACAUGGAAAUGAUCAGGGAUUCCAACCCCUUUCUGUGCAAGCAGAGUUGCCACAAGUUCAAAGUAGGGAAAACAAGAACUUCAUCUCAUCCACUCAAGGACUUCUCACCACUGACACCCCUGUGAUAGCGCCCUAUAACGGUAACGUUAAUAUCGACCCUUCAGCUCAAGCCUUAGGUUUCAAGUUACUUCAGCUACAGCAGAACGUCCCGCUGCAGCCUCAGGCGCCACACGCUCCCAACUCUGCCCCUGUAGAACCAACAAGUAGAGCUGCGUCAAGGACGAAACACAAGAAAAGGAAAGCUGCAAAAAGGUUUCUCCGAUUUAGGGACAUACCCUACUUUGAGGCCACCUCGAGGUACCAGACGUUCGAGGGAUCCGAGCAGCCGUAUCAGACUCCUGCGUCGACACAUGGCCUUCGUCUGCUGCACUUGCAGCCUGAUCCACAAGAACACCUCAGACGGCCAUCACCGCCGACGCCCCUUUUUGUUCCUGUUGUCCCGUUGGGAGAAUCCCCUCAGCCCCAGCUUCUACACUUGGACUCUAAUUCAAGAACGAUGUCGUCCCCAGCGCCUCGCUUGUCCCAAAGGACCCGACUCAUGUCCUUGGAGGAGCUGACGGGCUUAGUGGCGGGUAGGCGCAACUCUGAGGAGGCUCGUCUCCAGCUGCUCAGAGUAAACGACCCCAGCGAGACAAACAAAGGGGCCACACCCGGCUCGGGAUCCAGCAAGAGGCAGAAGAGGAGAGAGAGGGCAUUGGAUGCAAGAAAAGAAAAUGAGUCCGUCAUUAUUACACAAAAGCCAAAAGAGGAGCCAAUUGUUGCAGAGGAAAAGACUCCUGCAAGAGAUGUUACCUUUCAACAUGGCUCUAUCAAACCUUUGCCUACUGGUCGGGUGUUACUGACCAAGGCAAGUUCGACUUCAGCUGAGCUUCACGCCUUCGCCGCCACGUGUAAAAGACCCCCCGAGUGCCUCGAUGCAUUCACCAACACAGACCCAAAGUAUUCCCCCAUGCUGGUGGAUAAAGCUGUGUCCACUCAAGCGUUUGCAGCGGCCAUUACGUCCAAUAUACAACAGUCAGAGAAACUACACCUGCGCAAAGAGAGCCGUCCUCGAGAAAUAGUUGACGUCCUGAUAUCGCAAGAGGAAAGGAAUUUGGAUCAGGUCGGUCGCAACUUCCUGAGCGUCUUGGACAUUGAGGAGGGGACGUGGCAUCACGAUUUGCCGCCUCUUAGCUCCGGAAGGCAGGAAAGGAAGGAUGCUUCUGCCCCCACGCCUCCCGUACUCACACCUGCCCAGCUUCAUGUACUUGCAACUUCCAUCGUAAAUAACACUCAUGCUGCCCCUCAGGAUUUACAACCAUCAAUCAAAAUUCCAGAACAAACCGUCAAAACCAUCGCGCAAUCAGGUACCCCUGUGCACCCUCCUCCUGUCCAUCCCAUCUUGUCCGACAAAGAGCCAGGACGAGUCACUUCACAUUACGCUGAGAAUCCACUUGACUCUGAGUUCUAUAAAGCCAAUACCGGGACACAAAUCGAUCACAGCCCUCCAUCCAUCUAUAAAGACAAUAGUGCGCCACAAGAUCACAGUCCUCCAUCCAUCUAUGAAGCCAAUAGUGCGCCACAAAUACAUCGCAGUCCUCCAUCCAUUUAUAAAGCCAAUACUGCACCACAAAUAGAUCACCAUCCUCCAUCCAUUUAUAAAGCCAAUACUGCACCACAAAUAGAUCGCAGUCCUCCAUCAAUUUAUAAAUCCAAUACUGCACCACAAAUAGAUCACAGUCCUCCAUCCAUCUAUGAAGCCAAUACUGCACCACAAAUAGAUCGCAGUCCUCCAUCCAUUUAUAAAUCCAAUACUGCACCACAUAUAGAUCACAAUCCUCCAUCCAUCUAUGAAGCCAAUAUCGCGCCACAAAUCGAUCACAAUCCUCCAUCCAUCUAUAAAGCCAAUACUGCGCCACAAAUCUAUUCUACUGGGCCACAAAUUGAUCGCAGUCCUCCAUCCAUCUAUAAACCCAGUGCCGUGCCAGAAAUCGAUCACAGUCCUUACAGUCCUCCAUCCAUCCAUAAUCCCAAAACCACGCCACAAAUUGAUCACAGUCCUCACAGUCCUACAUCCAAAAAUCCUGCAGUCUGGUUUUCAUCCCGCCUGUCUGAGCUGGAUUCUCAGCUCGCCGCGCUGCAGAACAUUGCUGACUGUUUGGAGAAGGACCUUCCUGGAUCCACAAUAGGAAAUGAGUUGGUCAACCAGCCUGAACAAGUCUCCCCAGUCUCAACUCCAAAGGCUGUAAGAAAAACAGUUCGACUGUCUCUCCCGGCGGAAGAGCAGAAAACCGAAAACAGUCAAAGAAAGAACACCUUUGUAACCAAAUCUGCACAGUCACUUCAGCUUGUACCAGAACAUGACAUCAGCAAAGUAGAGCGAGGGUAUCAGGAAGAAGACGACGAUGAGUUUCGCUAUUACCCAAAUAACCCUGACAGAAGGAGGCCAUCUCUACAUCUAGCCUCUUCUUCUCAGCUUGGUUACGACGCCGCCUCAUCCCACCACUACACCUCUCCAAAUCAUAAGAAUAUUCUAACAAGAACAUUGGAAACAUUUGAGGAGACGGCUGAUGAGAGUCUGGACCAGACGGGGUUGUCUGACACCGUGGAAAUACUUGAAGGCUUAGUAAGGGAAGGUUAUUUAUCUCAGACUGACCUAGACAUGUCAUUUUCGGACACGACGGCUCCUGACAGCAGCAGAAGGGAGCAGUGGGAGCAGCAAAGCUGGCAGAUAUCCCCCAGACACGCUCUCGCAGACGACGAAAGGAGGGAGCUGAGAAUGUGGAUGAGGAGGAAGCAUCGGGAACGACGGUCUGUUUACCAGAAACAGAGAGCGAGCCUGCGGGAGAAGGAAAUCAAACCUUUUUCGACAUCGACAACAUCGAAAUCUACUGGCCAAGUCACAGGUUGGAGAAACACGGAGGAAAAGCAGAAGGCAAUGCUUUUGAAACAAUUCGACGUGAGGAUCCGCGAGGCCACUGAUUUGGCUAGUCAACUUGGUGGCAACCCACUCACCAGGUCCCGCACUGCUGCGACUGAUGUGAACGGGAUGCCCGCCCCCGCCGUCACUGUCCGUCCUGCCUCUGCACCGCCAUGCAAUCGCAGCCUUGAGAAAAGAAGUCUGAAGCGUCCCUCAGGACAAACACAUGCCCAGCGUCGCCCUUGGACUGCUGAUGUUUCAGGACAACCUUCCGAGGACAGCGGGAGGCUGCCAAGGCCAGGGACCUCUCUGUCGAGGGACCCUGCCUUCUCUCCACGGGGCUUGCCGACCUCAGCAACGAGCCACGAGGAGCAGCGUUUUAGAAAUCAGAGGCAGCAAAGAAGGCUGUCAGACGUGGAGGAGAGCGAUGCAGACACCUUGAAGCUGCUUGGCCUAGGCAAGACCAAAACAACAGGACUUUUGGACACGCAGAAUGAUGGUGCCCCAGCUGGCGUGUCGGGUAUGAACUGGCUGGAUAGAGUGUCAGAGAGCGGCGGCAGCAGCCUCAGCGAGAUCGACUGGGCGGCCAUCGAGAAGAUGGCAGCUGCAGAGGAGCCCUGACCCUCUCCAGCAUCAUCCUGCAAACUCAUGUUCCAGAUAAAUGAUGUGCCUUUUCUACAUAUACACCUCAAGUAGAAGUAGCAAUGAUCAUGAUGAAGUUUUAAUUUGUCCAUAGUUUAGAGUUUGAUCAAGAAGUACACAAAUGUAAUAUUGUCUCAUAGUAUAAUUAUUAUAUUUAAUUCAUCUGCAACUAUGUCAGUUGUUGACAUUUUUGUAUUGUACCAUAUUUUAUAGUUUCCCUAUUUUGUACAGACUUUACCAUCAC